AUGCAAAGUCGUUUCUUUUCUAAUGAUCAAUUCUUGGUGCAUGCCGCGAAGGAGGUUUUACGAGUUGUACUACAAGAACACCGUCGUGCUCAUCCUGAUGCAUGUAGUAGAGGAGAUAAUGAAGCCUUUUUUGAAAAGGUUGCGAAUGCUGAUGAUACGCUGAGGUUCUGUGAUGAAAUAGUGGAGCGUCUCUUUAAAACACUUGGACGUAAAAUGCACACUCUAAGCACUUCUUCUCUUCUUACUACUAUUCUUGAGGUGUACCGUGUGGUGGGUAAAGAAACUGGAAGUGCGCUACAUAAACGUGCUAAUCAGUUUUUGGAUCGAAAAGCUGCAUUGGAUGAUGGUUCCAAGGAAUUUUUAUCUGCUUCUAACUAUUUACAGAUACUG